UAACAAUUUUAUUGGCUUUUGUUAAUCCUCAGUGAUGAUGAUGUUUUCUUACUUUACUAACCUUGAUUUGAUCUUGUCCGUUUAACAUUUUUCUUAAUAAUCUCAAUCUAAUUUAAUUUUCUCGAUGUUAAUCAAUACCCAAUUGAGAAUUUAAUUGUUCUCCUACUAGUUGAUUCAUCAUGAACUUGACUCGAAAUUUUCUUUCACCAAGAAAUUUCUGCUUCUUCUCUUUACCAACCAAGCGAACAUUUUGUUUACUGGUUGAUAAUGUAAAGAAAAGUGAUGAUAAUUUCCUGAGUAUCUAUGAACGGAAGGUUAAAAACAAAGAGAUUGAACAUGAUGAAUAUCAAUAUAAAGUAGCUCAAACUUUUCAAGAAAUUGAUGAGCAACUUAGAGGUUACAAGCUGGUUAAACCAAGUUUAAUGUCUAAGAUAUUUAAACAAGAGAUUAGAUCUAAUCGUAAAGUUAAAGGCCUUUAUCUGUAUGGGUCAGUUGGAUGUGGGAAAACCAUGUUAAUGGAUCUGUUUUAUCAAACUUGUCACGUUGAUGAUUAUCACAAGAAAAGGAUUCACUUUCAUUCAUUCAUGUUGGAUGUUCAUGCAAGAAUUCACGAGCAAAAAAAGAGGACUAGUGCAUCUUCAUCACGAAAAGCUUUAAGUUACAAUCCAAUUCCACCUGUUGCUGAAUCUCUGGUCCAAGAGUCAUGGUUACUCUGUUUGGAUGAAUUCCAGGUUACCGAUAUUGGAGAUGCGAUGAUUUUGAAACAUCUUUUCAUUGAACUUUUCUCUAGAGGAGUAAUUCUUGUGGCAACAUCUAAUCGACCUCCCGAUGAUUUGUACAAAAAUGGACUACAAAGAAGUGCUUUCCUUCCGUUUAUACCUUUGCUUAAAGAACAUUGCCAAUCGAUGGCCUUAGACUCUGGAAUUGAUUAUCGUCAAAAGUCACUUCCAUCGAAGCAAAACAUUUAUCUACUGAAAGAUGAAGAAAAAGCCGAUAACGAAUUGGAUCGAUUGUUCAAAAUAUUCGCAAGCCGAGAAACCGACACAGUUCGGCCAAGAACCAUCGUAAUCAUGGGACGGAAUGUGACAUUUAAUAAAACCUGUGGUCGGGUUUUGGACUCUACUUUUUCAGAACUUUGUGAUAGGCCUCUUGGUGCCGUUGAUUAUCUGACACUCAGUCAAUUAUUUCACACUGUUAUUAUCCGAGAUAUACCUCAGUUAAAUUUGAAAUUAAAAACGCAGGCGAGAAGAUUCAUCACUUUGAUCGAUACCUUUUACGAUAAUAAAGUGAGAUGUCUUUUCUCAUCGAUAGUUCCAGUUAAAGAACUGUUCAUGGUUAAUAGUACAAGCGACGAUAUAAGUGAUGAUCAAAGAGCACUAAUGGAUGAUUUAGGAAUAAAAUUUUCUCAGGUCAAAGAUUCGACUGAUCUUUUUAGUGGACAAGAAGAAAUGUUUGCCUUCGAUCGAACUUUGUCAAGAAUCAUGGAGAUGCAAACUCUAGACUACUGGAAUUUAAGAGAAAUAUUUUAAAUUAGUUCUCUUUAAAUUCCCCUGAACGAGAACAGUAAUUUAGCUACAGUUUAAUUGUGCUAAGCAAUAAAUGUAUUUACAGAUUCUCGUUUGAAUAAACAUUUUUCGUAGAUCUGAA